AUGUCAAACUUGUUGAGGGUGUUGGAGAGGCAACAGAAACAAAGGGAAGAAACAAGGCGUAGACGUGCUCAAGAAGAUCGGGAAGCCGAUGAAGAAGAGGAACUACUGCUUGCAACAGCGGUGUGUAUGAUGGAUCAAUCAAGGCAACACCGUCGUCCUCGUGCCCCGAAUGUGGACAGACGUAGGGAGUCUCGGGGUAAGAAUCUCAUGGAGGAUUAUUUUAUCCCAAAUCCGUUAUAUCCUGCUUCUAAGUUUCGAGAAAGAUAUAGAAUGCAACCACAUUUGUUCCAAAAAAUCAUGCAUGAUAUUUGUAAUUACGACACAUACUUCAUUCAAAAGCAUGAUGCUGUUGGAGCUUUAGGUCUUAUCCCGGAGCAAAAACUGACAGCUGCUUUGCGGAUGCUUGCUUAUGGGGCAUCUGCAGAGCAGGUGGAUGAGAUUGCAAGGAUGGGAAAAUCUACUGUCCUAGAGUGCUUGGUGAGAUUCUGUGAUGCAGUGGAAAAUUUGUACACGGGGGAGUACCUUCGCAAACCAGCGCCAAGAGACCUGCAACGGCUUCUACAAAAAGGCGAGGCUUGA